AUGGAUACCACAGAAGAAAAAAGGGUCAGAGAUCUAUUAAAGGACAUUCAGUUAGAACAGUAUUAUCGACAGAUCCAUGGAAAACUACAUGUUACUCGUCUGUCGCACUUUGAUCACGUAACGGAAGAAGAUUUAGACGAUCUCGGAAUGGCAAAACCUGAACAGAGACGUUUGUUUGAAGCACUUAAGAAAGCAAAGAAGAAAUCGCUUUUUAGCAGCUUCAGAAGAAAGGUGAGUACGUAAAUUAAAGAACUAUCUCUCCGAUGCUUAGAUGACGAAAUCGCGCGCCUUUACGUGCGUCAGUGAUCUUGUUUUGACUUACGCUAAAUCUACGCGUCUGUCGAUUCUGUCGUAGUUUUUUUUUAAGGAAGGAAAUUUACUUACAUCAUAUCUUUCCAUUUAUAAUUAACAGUUAAGUAUGGUGUCUUUAGGCAGAAAAUCACACUCAACGCAUUUUAUUUUACAUACGUACAGUGAUGGUUAUCCGAGAAUAUUAUCGACGACCCGGUAUAUAUAACUUGCUCACGAAUUUAUACCACGAUCAUGUAUUUCACACAGAUAUGAAGUCGAUAGAACUGGAAAUUAAAUUUUAUUUUCUUUGAGUAGCACAGAACUCUCUUACAUUCUUAGAAAUGAAAUAAUUGCGCUUUCGAUUAACUUGCUCCUCUGUCCACGUGUUUCAUUUACGUCGUCUGGUUUCACAGCGGGGUCAGAGCGGAAAAAAAUUCCAUUUAUUCUCAAAAUACGCUUCUACUUCUCUACCAGUGAACGGAAGGAACUGUUUCAGUCUUCCUGAUAGAUUCUUAAACAGUUAAAAGCUCUUACACAUCGGUUAAAUUUAUCAUGGUUUUUAUUUUGGUUUAUUUUUAAGGUAUUCAGUUUGAGUCAAGAGCUUAAAUUAUACAACCUUUGACUCAUUAUUGUUCUGAUCUUUUGAAAACGAACAUUUCAAAUAUGUCUUGUAUUUAGGUCAAACCAAAUUCCUCGGGAAUUUUUCUUUGUUUUGUCUGUGUUUUCAACUCGUUAUAAUGCCCAAGAGAUCUGUAGUUAAGAUUCCAAAACUGAUGUGAUACUUCCAAGCGGAAGGUUCGUACAAUUAAAAACAACGCCAUAAACGGAUGUGCGUGGAAUCACCUGAUCUUGAAAGAAAUGAUAGCAACACCGAUGUUAGAAACUAAAAUCAGUUCUUCAUGGAAAAUGAAAAAAAAAACAACAACAACAAGAAAAAAAAAACAGCUUUUCUCAUGAAUAUGCAUUAGAAAUGAUUAAUGUUUCAAUCUCCUUCAAAUGUAAUCACAUUGUUCAUGUGCUGCUCAUUUGUGAAUACUACAUUGUUUGUUUGUUAAGUUGUAAUGGAAAUAAGACUGAGUGGAGUCCAAUUCAGUCUGUAAUCUUACAGUCGAGUGAGUAACAGAUUAAAAUCAGACAACUGCAAAGCCGGAGUCUGAUUUGUUAGGAUUGCCGUUACAAACAGAAUUAGACAACAGGAAGUCCUGUUGCUAGUUAAUUAAAAAUGACAACAUUUUAAGGACAAGCUAGCCAUCUGAUGUAAUUUUUUCAUAAGAAGCAGCACUCAACUCUACAAAAUAUGUAGAUCAGUGCAUGUGCUUGACGUACACAGUCCAGUUACACAGGCAUGAUGCACACAUCGUCCAAUUAAAAGCACAAUGCGCACUCUGUCCAAUUACAAGCCCGGCAUGCAUAUUGUCCAAUUAGACUGUCUAAUUAGACUUUCCAAUUAGAAGCAUGGCCUGUACACUGUCCAAUUACAAGCAUGGCCCAUACACUGUCCAACUACACUGUCUAACUAGACUGUCCAAUUACACUGUUCAAUUACACUGUCCAAUUACACUGUCCAAUUACAUGCAUGGUGGGUACGCAGUCCAAUUACACAAUCCACUAACAAGCAGGAUGUGUUUACUGUCCUAUUAGUUCUCAAAUUAGGCCUAUGAUAGCCGAUCACAUUAAAAAAAAUUGUUUUUCUUUUGAUUAAUUUAUCAUAGUAACUUUUGUUUUUUAUUUGACUUUAUUUUGAAUUUCUUGUCAUGUGGUUGGUGAUUUUGUACACAACUUUUAACCUGUACCAAAAAUUACACCUUUGCUAAAAGUUAAGAAUUUUAUCCCUUUACUGAGAGAUACCACCAACAGCGUUUAGAAACUCUGGGAUUAUAGACAUGUACAUAGUAUAUUUGUUACUUUUUCUAUGACAUUACUCUCCUGAUCAAAUUCCUGAUUCUCCAUUACACUAUUAGUACACUUCCUUGGUCAUGAGUCCAGAGAAUUUGGACUUUAUCAUAUUAAGAUAACACUCUCUACCUGAUGCAUUUGUCCUUUCUUGUAAUAAAAUUUUUUGAUUAGAUUAGAUAGUUAUAGUAAGGGGGAUUUUUAUAGACAUGAACAUUUUAACUACCUUCAGAAUUUAAAGGAGGCUUGACCUUUGAUUGGACAUGCUGAAAAUUUUUCAAUUCUUUUCUUAUCAAAUCAUGUCAUGAUUUUACUUAAUCUACAGCCUUUCCAUGCUGGAUGUUUUUCGAUCAUGGACUCAGAGCACAUGCGCUCACAGAAUGAGAAAAAAUGAAAUGUUCUUAAAAAACUUCUAAAAAGAGAUUUGUGAAUAAGGAAUUAAAUUGAAAUACCCUCUCUGUACAUCAGUACCAACAUAUUUUUUUUUUAAAUUUUUAUUUUUAUUUUUUUCUAUAUAUUAUACUUAAAUAUGUACUUACACUUUACUUACUUCUAACAUGAUGCUUACACCAUUUUUAUGUUCUACUGAAAAACAUUCGCCAUUCAUACAUUUUUAUUUAGAUAGUUUUAUCUUUCCCUUUUUUUAACCCAUGUGGUUUUGGAAAAGGCAGUGAAUACAUGGUGAUAAGUUGUAAGGUAGUUUGUAGUUUUUAAGUGAUAUAAACUGAACUAGAAUGUAAACUUACCAUUAUGUGAUAUUUCAACAUUUCAAUUGAUGACUAAGAAUGUCUAAUUUGAAAAAUCAAAAACAUGAUUUCAAACUAGGUUGAUUUUCAUUUUUGACUCUGUAAUGAACUAGGGUCCAGAGAGACUCUUUGAAGCACAAAGCGGCCUUUUUGAUGGUCUCCUUCGCAACAUCACAAUUUCUCUAAUCCCAUUAGAUGAUUGUUUCAUAUGAUACAAAGUGAUGGUUGGGUUAAUUUUAACUAAAGCAAUGGUCACUUACACUCAUCUCUUUUCACUUUCAUGUCACUGACUACAGGUACACAUAAUUGUUCUAAAUGUUACAGUUGUUCUAGUAUUUGUGGUAAACUUGUUCAUUUGUGUUUAUAAUAGAAAUCGAAGAAGUCAGAGAGUCCAGUAGAAUCUACACCAGAGCGCUCAAGUUGCUAUGGAGUUGCUGGUGACUCCUUGACAUGUGUCAUCACUGAGCAGUCUGUUUCUCUUUAUGAAAUGCUUGGAAAUGGUGCCUUUGGGUAUGUGAGGAGAGGAACAUGGAUGAAGAACUCCCAUAAGAAGGUGAACUGAAUAUUCAACUGAAAUAGGUUAACCACUGACAUACAUGUAUUGGAUCAAUAUCACUAUCUGGGCAACUGCCCACCUACCCCUCUCCUAACCCAACAUUAACCCUAACUUAUUAUCAAUUGACUGUUGUUGAGUUAGGGGAGGGAUAGGUGGGCAGUUGCUCAGAUACUGAUAUUGAUCCCAUGUAUUUAUUUCAUAUGCAGAAUCUGUUUGGAGCACUGACUCACUUUAGUUUUAAGAGUUAAUCUCCAUAACAGUGGUAUUGCCUUUGGAUGAGAUGCUCAAAUCCUUUCCAAGUUAUCUGCCUACCUUUGGUCAGGUUCCCUAGACAGUGCAUCAUGGCACUUGCCACUUUUAGUUGCGCCCAUUGUGGUCAACAUGGCAAGGAGAAAGAAUUUAAAUUGGUGACUUUUUUCUGGCAAGUCAUGUGUGGUUUUCAUGGUCAAGAGUUGAAAUAAGAUGAAUAUUGAGUUAAAUGAAAGUUGAAAGUACAGUUAUCAUUGUAAUAUUGCAUAAAAUGCCCCUACUUGAGUUAAACCUUAACUUCCACAAGUGACUAAGACAGAAUUUCUCCUUACAAUACCAAUACAAUAUCAACCAGAUAAGUGAUGAGAAUAAAGAAAAAUAUCAAUUUGGGGAUAAUAAGUUGAUCCAAUACUAAAGUCUCUGAAGUAACAUCAUAAGAAUUGUGUGGUUGACAGUAAGGAGAAUGACAAAUUUGAUCUGGAAGUUAAAGGGUUAAAGGUCCUGAAAUGGUGAGCUUGGAGCCUUGACCUAUAAUUAUAGCAAUCUUGAAUGGAGAAUGGUAUUUUGAGAAUCAAGUGUUUUGACCAAGAACAUGACAAAGUGUUUCAAUCACACCUGUACAUAAUGCAUUGAAAAACUUUUUGUUGUUAGCUUGUUUUCUAUUGAUUUUUGUUAUAAGCAUUAAUAUAUAUUUUUUUUGGUGGUGUUAUCAGUAAUUCCCUUUUGAAUAUUUUGUUAGGUUGAUGUUGCUGUGAAGUGUUUGAAGGCAUGGAAUGACAAGGCUUUCCAACAGAUGCAGAUGGAAUUCAUUAAGGAAGCUAAUGCCAUGAGUCUACUGGAUCAUCCCCACAUAAUCAGACUCCACGGAGUUGUUCUAUCUGCACCAAUGAUGUUGGUACGUUCAACAAAAGUGACUAUUAUGUGUUCUUGAUAUACUUUCCACAGCAUUUUUGGUGCAUUUAUAAAAUUGUCAAACACACUGUACAUGUUUAGCUGGAGGGGAAAAUUUUCCGAAUGAUUGCAAAAAAGAGUAUACAAAUGGUAAAAAUGUACAAAUGCCAAACUUAGAUUUUAGCGUGGUUCAAAACUAUAUGAUUAUUUUUUGCAUAUUAGCUAAUGUUCAUGCAACAACAAAGAAUAGCUUUGAGCCAUGGAAGCAAUAUGAUAAUGGUAACAAUGAAGAAAAUAAUUUAGUAACAAUGAGAAAAUUUAAAGUAAUAAAUAAAUAAAAUACAAUUAAACAAAGAAUAGCAACAAACAAUAGAAAAAUAGAGAACAUAGAAAAUGAACAAACAACAAAUAGUCUGGGGUAAAACAUUCUACAAAUGGUUACAAAAAAGAUUAAUUGAACAGUAAACAUGUACAAGUAUAGUCUUGGUUGUGAACAUGUACAUGUAUAGUCUUGGUUGCACUGCACAUAUUCAUUCUAUAUAGCAUUUCAAAGAGUGUGGUUGCUCUUUUAACUGCUGCUGUAUCAAAUACUAGUCUUCCAAUGAGGUUCACGUCUUUUUGGUUUAACUCUAAACUCAAUAGGUCACAGAGCUGGCUCCACUUGGCUGUUUAUUAGCACGGCUCAGGGAUGAACCUCAUAAUUUUACCAUCAGUGGCUUGAGUGAUUUUGUGGUCCAGAUAGCUUCAGGAAUGGCUUAUCUUGAGUCUCACAGAUUUGUUCAUCGUGAUCUGGCAGCACGCAAUCUUUUGCUGCAGUCAUAUGAGAAAGUGAAGAUUGGAGAUUUUGGAAUGAUGCGAGUCCUCUCCGAUGAUGAUGACCACUACACAAUGCAUCCCAGUGGCAAAAUUCCAUUUGCAUGGUAAGUGUUAAUUUAUUUACACUAAUCCUGUACACCCCAACAUCAGUGUGCAUAUUCUCAACAGGUUUUUCUACACAUUUAUUGUAAUAUUAAGAAGGAGAAUUAAUCAAACAAUCAAGAGCUUCUUCAGGAGUAAUCAUUUCUUUUUUAAUGAUUUUAUGUUUGACUCAGAAGUCACUUGGUAAGGAUAAAUUAGAUGGCAGUCAUUCUUAAGGGUUAAAAGUUAAUGCCAUCAGGUCUUUUUAAUUGUUACAUGAAGGACAACUCAUCCAAAGAUUCUUGAAAGGGUUACACUUUGUUAUGUUAAACGAUUGCUUUAGGAUUGUGAUUUUCUUGCUCUAGGUGUCCACAAGAAGUUCUUAAAUUCCGCAAGUUUUCCCAUGCCUCUGAUGUUUGGGCCUUUGGUAUCACUGUGUUAGAAUUGUUCUCCUAUGGAGAAGAACCUUGGCCAGGACUCAAUGGAGCUGAGGUGAGUGAACCAUCAGCACACAGUUGAAAGACUUAAGAUAUGUUUGUGCCAUGUUUGCAUGCACUGAAAAUGAUUCUUAUCCUUGCAGUCCACAUGCAUAUCAUCUAUAUUUAUUGCGUUUCUAUGAUCUUGAAGUUGUCCAUGUACAGAGUAGAAUUUCAAAGCUGACGUUUUGACCGUUAGCCCUCUGUUAGAGCGAAAGACGAUGGGCUAACACUCGAAAUGUCAGCUUUGUAACUCUUAAAAAUGGCCAAAUUAUGUUAUUAACCCAGUCGAUAAUACCAAAUUCCCCUGUUAUACUCUCCCACCAACGCAGCAUCACAGUUUCUUUAGAAACUUACCCCCUCUAUUCAUGUACAAUGUACUUAACUUUAAUCCUUUACCUGAAUUUGUUUGUUAAAAAUCAGAUAUUGGACAAAGUGGACCUGCCAUCAUGCGAGAGGCCCAAGAGGCCUGAACACUGCCCUUCAGAAAUCUACAAUAUUUUGGUGUCACUCUGCUGGUCGCAUGAGCCUCACCAGCGGGCAAGGUUUAGCAUGCUUAAAAAACUGGUAGACGAGGUGAGUGCCAUACUUGCAUAUGUACUUCUGUCAAUAACUGCAUUUGAAUACUAUACAUGUUUGUUUUGGGUAAGCUACCUCUCUUAAUUUUUUCCUUAGUCCCUGCCUCCUCUGUGAAGUCUACCUGGUCUAUUUUCUCAUUGCUUAAUCUUGAAGUGUACAUUAACAUUUUUGUUCUACCAGUAAUGUAUAUUCCGUUAAUCAUUUUUUUUUCAACUGAAUUGUGAAUGUGUUAAUCCUUGAACCACGAAAUACAAAAAUAAUUAUAAUUACUUUUAAUUGAUCAUUUUAUGUUUUGUAGGCACAUCCCAUGAAUGUCGCUGCAGUGUUACCGUAUGAGAGCAAGAGCCAACAAAAUCUGAGCUUUCAGGAGGGUGACAUUAUCACACUUCUUGAAGCCAGGUGAGAUGAUAAAAGUACAAAACAAGGACUCUGUGUUUUCAGCUUAUUUAUUUUGAAAUGCACUCUGAACCUGUGUACACCGAUUACCGCAUUAGCUUAUUAUUUUAUUUACCUUUGCAGUCCCGAUGUUUCUUGGUGGAAGGGACAAAAUAUGAGUACAAGAAAAGUUGGGAUGUUUCCGUCAGAAUUUGUAGAAAGUGGAAUGCGACGAGGUACCUAAGGAGAAAAUUUGCCUUCACUGAUAUGUUCAUCUCUCUUCUGAGCCCAGUUGUUCAAAGGUGGAUAGCGUUAUGGAACAGACAAAUCGCUAUCCAGCGGAUAACUGUUAACAAAAUGUACUGCGCUAUCCAACGGAAAGCGAUUUGUCCAGUGGAUAGCAUUAUCUACCUUUCGACCAAUCGAGCCUAGGUUUAAAUUUAAAUUAAAUUGUGUCGUAUGUGCUGUUUAUUUAUCUCACUUUAAAGUGUAUUAUUCUGCCUCGUGUCUCGAAAACUUACUGUUUCUGUUUUUUUAAACAACAAUUUCCUUUAAAACAAGGACAAUAUUUUUUAAUAUCUUGUUUGUUUGCAGCCGUUUCACCAGUGAAUACUCGGACGUCUCUAAAACCGAAGUGAGUUUUUGUUUCGCUUUUGUUUGUUUGUCUGUCUGUCUCUGUGUUUCUUUUGCUCCUUUUUUUUAAAAGAAUUCGUCUGUUGCACAAUGCUUUUUUUUUGGUUGUACAAGGGCAGUGCACUAGCCUCCAUCCUAUCGUUUGGUUAAGAUUAACGUAGAACUUCGUGCGAUAUGUAAGCGUUUUUCUUCCAUCUUUUUCAGAAGUAAUAUUACGAAGCGAAGCAAACAGUGUAAUCAGCUACCAAACUGUGGUAAGAUUUUUCCCUAGUGCGAUUUUUCACCCUUUUUGCAUUCGUUUUGAUUGUUCUAGUGCAUUUGUCGUUUCUGUUUCCUUUGUUUGAGAAGCACCUUGUAUCUGUAUUUGUCAUAAAAGACAAUAAGGAGCGAAACAAACUCGGAUCAAUAACAGUAUCUGGGUAACUGCCCACCUACCCCUCCCCUAACCCAACAUUAACCCUAACUUGUUAUCAAUUGACUGUUGUUGGGUUAGGGGAGGGGUUGGUGGGCAGUUGCCCAGAUACUGAUAUUGAUCCACAAACUCUAUGAGACACCCAUCUCACUUUGAUUUCUGUAACUCAUUUAUUCCUUAGACUGCGGAAGUGAGCACAUCUACGAGACUCCUAUCUUCUUAUAUUCACCAAACUCUUUGAAGAACGGCAGCAGUGUAAGCACUACUUUUUCUGGCCAGUCUGUUGAAAGCGACUUGGCCUCCUCCACAGACGUUGAUAGCGGAUAUUCUUCCAGCGUGGACGUUAGACGAUUCCGCCAUUUGUAUGACGAGAACAGCUCAGGAAAACAAAAAGCAAGGGUGGAGAAUUUUUAUGAAAACGCGAGCAUCAGAAAGCAGGAUACCAAGGAUACCACGUAUGAAUUGAUGUACCCUGCGAGUGGACCGGUAUCCAGUCCUAUUCCCAUUCCAAGACAAAGCACAGGGGAAUUAAGAUUUGUCAGGAUACAAAAUGACACAUCUUCGACUCCUCCAUCACGCACUGGCCAGAAAUGCCCCCUAGACUUAAACUUCUCCAGCCCCCGAUUGUCUGCCGGUGAAACGGAAGCUCCUUCUCUAGUCACUCAAAAUACUUCAACUUCACUUCCACCCAGCUCAGCUACGGAAUUCCAUGAAAAUUCUCCAAGGCUCUCCAGGACGGUCUCACCACGACCAAGUAAGAAAUCUCAGCGGGAUUCUGGGAUAGGGGAAACACUUACCCAGGAUUUGCUGACAUUCUUGAAAGGAGCUGGAGGAGAUAAGUCAUCGGUUCGUCCUAACUCCAAGAAAGCUGAAGAGGAGGACAUUUACGAAGAAUUAUCUGGGCCGUUUACAUCUGUUCCAUCAAAUCCCAAAGGCUCUAUUGUGACAAAUACUUCCUCCAGUGUACCGUUGACAGCGCACAAGAAACAUUCAUACGAAAACUAUGCUUUACCCUUGAAACAACAAUUAAGUUCUACAAAAGACCAUGCCAAAGAUCAGAGCAUUAACGAAGCUGAUAGAAGCAGGUGCAACUCAGCUAAUCAAGUGCUAGACGAGCAAGAGCUUAGAGAUAGCCGAUGCAAUACUUGGCCCUCACAACAAAACUAUGUCAAUCACAAACUGAAGGAAGCUGGUUUGAUGCCAUCAGAUGAAGGUUUCUUUGACAACCACAAGCUUAGAACCACCUCAGACGCGUUUCAGCCAACUUCUGACGCCUGCUACGAUAAUUGGAAGAUCAGUGACAAGGAAAGUGAGUCGGUGGGAGAGCUUCUGAGGGAAGAACAGACGCCCUGCUAUGAGAACGUUGAGCUACAAACUGGUAAACAUAAGGUCAAUAAUGGAAAUCUCUCCCAAAAAUCUGGAACUAGUUUGGGCUCCCAUGAAGAAACACUUUCAAAUCAAAACAAAACUAGGGAAGAAAGAUGCAAUAAUUCCUCGUUCACCUCACAUCAAAAGACCUGCAUGUACGAAUGCAUGAUUCCUAAAUAUUUACAAAAUGGAGACCUCACGCAAGAAUAUAAAAAGCAAGGAAAUACUGACAGUAUAUACGAGAACUGUGAAACUGUUGACUACAGGAAAGACAACCCCGAAGAGGUGGUUGGGGGCAUGGUAAUCCCAAGAUCAAUUAGACAAAAUGACAGCAACUCACGAAAACUUUGUCGUUCCUUGCCCACAAAUUGUCACUGCGUGGGGGUCGCUCCCGGCGAUCCUAAUGGUUUAUUAAAUAUGAUCCUGGAAAAACGCAGCCAGCCAUUGCUGACCAGGGUAGGAAGUGCUGAUGCUAUUCGUGUUAAUGCCUGGAAGGACGAUCCUCUCACUGCCGGAGGACCAAGGGAAAGCGGAGACCAUUUGGACCUCCAAGGUCAUCCUGUUCCACCUCCGCGCUGGAAGCGAUUAGCUCGUAUGAAAAGGCCUCUCUCAUUUACGUGUUGCUCCCAUAACCAGUGGGAAAUAACCAUCAGUCCUGAGCUUGCCUCUGUGCUGAGCAAAAGACUGAAUGGAUCUGCUGUGGGCUCGUCUGCAUGGUUGAAAGCAGGUGCAAGCUCAUUAAAUGGCCACCAUUCGGAAGCAGUAGAAAUGGGCAAACCAUGUUUGCCUCCACCGUCUGACCAAAGAGAUAAAACAACUACGAAGGCUCGCAAUUCCUCAAGUAACGCAUACGAAAAUGUUCGGUUACCGUGUGAGACUCCUGUGCAGAAAAAUACCCCUCCCGAGCUUCCACCAAAACUACAACGGUCAAAUGAGAAAGUUUCCUUCCAGAGUACCACACAAAGAGCGAGAGCAUUGCACUAUGAAAAUGUCAAUGUGGUAAAUGACUUUCAUGCAGUCUCGCAAAUAGCAGAUGAUUCCUCUCCUCCACCGCUUCCAAGGAAACUAUCUAAGGCAAAACCAACACCUAUUAUACCACGCCGAGUGGAUCUAGAACAGCAGGGUUAA